AAAUAUAGUAAUAAAACCGAAGUUGCAAAGUAGAAGAAGAAGGCAACAACGACAACGACGACGGAAAAAGCACUACGAAAUCGAAAAGAAGAAGCAGCGGGUGUUCUUCGUACGCGUUACAACAUUACCAGUCGUUGUCACACACUCAAAACAUCCACAUACGUGAAUAUAUAUAUCGUAUGUACGACAGUCUACUACACAAAAUUCUACUUUUUCUUUUCUUUUUUUUAUUCGUUUCGAACUUUAAAAUUUUGGUUGUUCUUCAAAUAUCCAAAGUAUUUCAAUUGUGCUAAAUAGUAUUUUAAAAUCAUUGAACAUUUAAAAACCAUAUUUGAUUGUGUUUUGUGUAAUUUUUGAUGGCGAACACAAGCUGAAGAAUGACGAAAAAACGAAUUGUUGUGUGUGAACAGGCAGCGAAAUAGCAGACUGUGUGUAUGUUUCUGUGCGAUCGGUGUGCAAAAUAGAAUUUCAAGUUUUCAAUGGUGACGGACCACAGAGAGGCCGGAAAGAAUGAAGAAACGACACAACCGUAAAACUUAACAAAAAAAAAAUAAACGAAAAGAAAACAUACCAAGAGAAGAGCUAAAAGAGAUAUAUAUGUGAAAACGUAAGACAAUCCGCAUUGAAAAUGUGAUGCACAAAUGAAUACAUAAUAACAAUAAAACAACAAAAACGAGAUUUUGCAGAAGGAUUUUACGUCCUUCGUGUAAUUUUUUUUAAACAAGAAAGACACACACACAUACACAUAUAUGUAUUGUUUCGUUUCAGUUUAGUGUCGGUCGAAGUGAUUUUUGUCCGGUGCAGUUUGUGCACACGUUUUUUUUUGCUUUUCCUCACAAUUUCCAACAAAACAUUGUUCGUAUAUGUCUUUAUUAUGUGUGCAAUUUGGCAUGUGAAUGUGUCGUCGUUUCAUUUCUUAAACGAAUAACUAAGCAAAUGGUUUGCCCAUCAGUGAGUGAGAGACAUAUCGCAUAACAAAUAUUUGAUUUAAAAUAACGCGUACUGUGUUUAGCCAAGCUCGUGUUUUUACUUCCACACGAAAACAAAAAAAAAACAAGGCUAUAGACUUCUGUUUGUUUCGAUUUCCAUCAGUGCGCUCUCUUUUUUCCAUCUCAGUUGUUACAUAUACAUAUAUUGUAUAAGAAAGUGGCUAAAUCAAUAUUAGUUGAAUUUUGUUUUACUUUCAAAUGCUAGAGUGCCUUAAAAUUUCGUCGAGUGCUUGAAAUUCGAUCGAAAUUAAGUGAUAUUGAGUGAGCGAUCAAACAAAUUAAAAAAAUUCGGUUCGAUCAAAGUGUUUUUUCUGUUUGUUAUCUGUGUAUUAUUUGUUAAUUGUUUGCAAUAUUUGACAAGAUUCAAGUGAUCUUGUUGACAUCGAAAAGCAAUUUACAGCGCGAGCGCGCCGUUUUUUGUAUGUCACAUCCAUUUACCAUAAUAGAAUCAUCAAAGUCAACAACGAUCGCCAUAACAAUUGAACCGCAGCAUCAAUUGAUGACAAAACAAUUGAUACAGGAACAAGAAACCGUACGGCAUCGAUCAUUUGUUGAAGAAAAAUCUCAUUCGAUUUCUAUGCCAUAGACGAAAAUCAAUUGCACAAGCGAACGAAGAAAAAAAAGGAACAAAUAAAAACACAUCAUCCCAUUUAUUUCGCGGUCGUGAUAUGCAAUAGCGUACAAUUGAUUUUAAUUAUAAUAGUGUGGCAUGUAAGAGUUCGCAAAAAGUAUCAGCAACAACAACAACAACAACAGCAAACAAUUCAGAAAAAGCAAAUCUCAACUCAAUUGAAAACAGCUUGGAAUCUAUAUCGAAUGUGUGAAUUGGUUUUCGAAGUGCAAGUUUUUCUUUGUUUCACACUUAUGAAUAUUCGGGAUAUAUCGGUGCUGUGAAUGUGUAUCUGCGCUCCAUUCUGUUGUGUCGGUCGGUCGAAGUGUGUACACAGUGUAUGUUGUAUAUACAGAGGAAACUAUGACAACUGUCAUUGCCGUAGCGCAGUCAUAGCAAACGUGCUGUACAUGUAAUAGUUCUUAUGUUACUUUUUUUUUUUAAAUAUUAUUGUUGUAUAGUUACGACGUUUUUGGUGAAACAAUAACAUACUGUGGUGCGGCCGAAAUACAAGCGCACAAAACACAUCAUACACAUUGACAAACCAAUAGUGCCUAAUGAAAAAAAGAAAUUGUGUGUACUAGAGAGCAUCUCGUUCUCUCUAUCUACAUUCGUGUUUGUGAUUAUUUUUCUUUUGUUUUUUUGCGCAUUGUUUAUAAUUAAAAUAGAAUUAAAUGCCAUUGAUGGACGGCUAUAACAAAAACAAGGAUGAACAUUGUUGAUAACAUACUUUGAUACAGAGUGAACAUUAAAACUGUAAACAAUAAGCACGCAAACGGAGGAGAACGGGACAACGACAGCGAGAGAGGGAAAAAUAGACACCCAAUGUGACACUGAUUAAAAUGCAUUGAACAUUAAAUUGAAAUAAAUAAAAACAAAGUCAUACAACAUUAUUACGAUAGAGCAAAUUGAAUCAACAACACACAUCAUACAGCAGCCGCAACUACACCGACAUGCAUACAAUUCAUGGCAUUGCAUUUAUGACAUUUUGAUUCGUAGAACCACAACAACAACAACAACGCCAACGAAAUUCAAAUACACUUCGCAUAAAAUCGUAAAAAGAUUUUUCCAUUUAGUGUUUGCCAGUCGGUUUUGGGUGGCGGUGUGUAUUAUAAUGCAAUCGUGCACAUUGAAAAGGAACGACCGAAACAAAAACAAUGAAGAAAAUAAAAUGGUUUUGAAGCUGUAAGCGAAGAAGUGUGUGUGUACAUUUUAAUUUUUUUUGUUGUUGUUUAAAAGUUUGUGUGACAAACAACUAACCAACGAAAAAUUGGGAUGUGUGACUCUUUUUUUUCCCCGGUCGUAACCAGUUUUUCAUUUAAUUUUGCCGACAAAGCAAUAGCCCAUAACGAAAUUAACGCAAAUUGAGUGCAACGAAAUUGCAUCGAAUGGAAUAUUCCCUCAUACAAUACAGCAUUUAUUCUCAGCUAGAAGAAGAAUAAUACGAAAUACACACACAGUCAAGUUAAAUUUUUAAAUAUUUCUUACAAACAUGGAUCAAAUAGACGAAAAUCGUCGUAAUAGGUUAAGUCAGCUAGAAAGCAGGUUGCGGGACCCAUCAAGCGUUUCAAACAUUGAUUCAUUGCUUGACACAGUCACCGCUCUCAUGCAUGACUUUGAUCAUGACACAGUCAAACGCAUCAAAAACAUUGAGACCUACAUGAAUCGAUAUGGUGCGUUAUCGCGUGAAAUUCAGUCGUUUCGCAUGAAUCCAGAUGAUUUUAAUGUGAUUAAAGUGAUUGGACGGGGCGCAUUCGGCGAAGUACAAUUGGUGCGCCACAAAGCGACAAAGCAACUUUAUGCCAUGAAACGUUUAUCAAAAUUUGAAAUGAUCAAACGACCGGAUUCGGCAUUUUUCUGGGAAGAACGUUAUAUUAUGGCCCAUGCGAAUUCCGAAUGGAUCGUACAAUUACAUUUUGCAUUUCAAGAUAGUAAAUAUUUAUACAUGGUGAUGGAAUACAUGCCGGGCGGUGAUAUCGUUAGUUUGAUGUCAAUGUAUGAAAUUCCGGAAAAAUGGGCUGUUUUUUAUACAAUGGAAGUGGUACUUGCCUUGGACACCAUACACAAUAUGGGUUUCAUUCAUCGCGAUGUGAAGCCCGACAAUAUGCUAUUGGAUCGAUCGGGUCAUUUGAAAUUGGCCGAUUUUGGUACGUGUAUGCGAAUGGGAGCGGAUGGUUUGGUGAGAUCAAGCAAUGCGGUCGGUACACCCGAUUACAUAAGUCCCGAGGUGUUACAAUCACAAGGUAACGAAGGUGAAUACGGUCGCGAAUGUGAUUGGUGGUCGGUUGGAAUAUUUUUAUACGAAAUGAUUAUCGGCGACACACCAUUCUAUGCCGAUAGUUUGGUUGGUACUUACGGUAAAAUUAUGGAGCAUAAGAAAUCGCUUAACUUUCCGCCGGACAUUGAAAUUAGUGAAAAUGCAAAAUCGUUGAUUCGAGCAUUUCUAACCGAUAGCGAGGUGCGAUUGGGUCGCAAUGGAAUUGACGAAAUCAAGCAGCAUCCAUUUUUCCAAAAUUCCGAUUGGACAUUUGAUAAUAUUCGUGAAUUAGUGCCACCAGUGGUGCCGGAACUGAACAGUGACGAUGAUACACGCAAUUUUGAUGAAAUUGAACGUGAUGAAACGCCCGAAGAAUUAUUUCCAGUGCCAAAAACAUUUGCCGGCAAUCAUUUACCAUUUAUCGGUUUCACAUACGCAAGUGAUUAUCAAUUGCUUUCAAACGAUGUCAUCGAUUCGACUGCAACGACCAAAAUUGUACAACAUAAUCAUCAUCAUCGGCCAUCGAAUAGUCAUGAAAUUUUACGCUUAGAAAAAUUGCUCGAACGUGAACGGGCUCACAUUGAAUCGCUCGAAAAACAUGAGAAAAGUCUACGAUCUCAGUUGGAUAAAGCAACCCAACAUGAGCGCGAAAUAACCGCUCAAAUAACAAACUAUGACAAAGAAUUGACGAUGCUUAAGCACAAUUAUCGUGAUGCACAGCGCAAAGUUGAGAAUGAAAUUGAACAACGGAAGAAAACGGAAAAUCUACUCAACGAAACCAAAAAACGAUUGGACGAUGAACAAAAUAAGCGCACGAAAGAAAUGAGCAAUAAUCAACAGCAAAACGAUAAAAUUAAUAUGCUUGAAAAGCAAUUGGCUGAUUUACAUGAAAAAGUCAAAAAUGAAAGUGAUGGCAAUCAAAAACUUAAAAAACAACUCACCGAAUUGCGAAUGCUGCAAAACGAUGCGGAAGAAAAAUCAACCGAAUUGCAAUCGAUUAUAGCUGGUCUACAAGCACAACGGGAUGUAUUGCAACAAGAGGUGGCCAAUUUACAGACACGCUUGGCACAAGAACGUAGCGCACGCACACAAUCCAUUGAAAGCGAAAAAGAAUUGGAAAUUAAAAUUGCAUCGCUUAAUGCAGAACUUGAGCGAUACGCUCAACGAGAGCAACAAUCAAUCCAAGACAAUCAAACACUCAAUGAACGCAUCUCCAAUUUGGAAAAGGAAAAUGCCACCAUCAAUUUAGAACUGAAGAACACACAUAAUCUCUACAGUCAAGAGGUGAUAGCGCAUCGUGAAACCGAAAAGUCUCGAUUGAUGAGCAAAGAAGAGGCUAAUUUGCAGGAAGUUAAAGCGUUGCAAACAAAAUUGAAUGAAGAGAAAAUGGCGCGUCAAAAAGCCGAUCAAAUAUCACAGGAGAAAGAACGUCAAAUUUCAAUGUUAUCUGUGGACUAUCGUCAAAUUCAGCAACGGUUACAGAAACUUGAAGGCGAAUUGAGACAGGAAACUGAAAAGGUGUCCACACUGCACACUCAAUUGGAUCAAGAGCAAACUAAAAAGAGUACACUAUUGUCUGAAUUGAGUUUACAAAGUUCCGAGGUGGCGCAUCUUAAAUCAAAAGAGAUGCAAUUAGUCAAGGAGAUAACACAGCUUCGUGAAACAAAACGUCGUUUUGAAGAUGAAAUUUCCAAGAUAAAAAAUGCUCACAACGCAGACAUUCUACAAAUGAAAGAGCUACAAGAUCAACUCGAGGCCGAACAAUACUUUUCGCGUUUAUAUAAAACACAAAGCACCGAAUUACGCGAAGAAAAUGACGAAAAAGGCCGUGGAAUUCAAGAAUUGGAAGAAGAACGUGGUUCACUUGUACAUCAAUUGCAAAUCGCAUUGGCGAGAGCUGACUCAGAGGCGCUGGCCCGUUCAAUUGCCGAAGAAACGGUGGCCGAUUUGGAAAAAGAGAAAACAAUCAAAGAGCUUGAAAUAAAAGAUCUGAUGUCGAAGCAUCGCAAUGAAUUGUCAACAAAAGAGUCGGCAUUGGUUAUGUUGCGUGAGGCUGAAGCCGAAGUCAUGAAACGGCUCAAUUUGAAAAUUUCCGAAUACGAGGAACUCAUGCAACUCAAUAAUAAAUUGAAGGAAGAAGUUGCUCAAAAUAAAAGCAAUCAAGCCGAAAUGGAUAGACUCCAAGCCAAACUGAAGAAUGAAAUCUUAUUGAAACAAACUGCCGUUAAUAAACUAGCCGAAAUCAUGAAUCGCAAAGAUGGCCAAAUCAAUGCUGGUAAAAAUAAAACAAAAGUCAGCUCGGCCGAUCUACGGAAGAAAGAGAAAGAGAGUCGACGACUUCAGCAGGAGUUGACACAAGAACGUGAUAAGUACAAUGAAUUGCUGUUGAAAUAUCAAGACAUUCAAACGCAAUUAAACGAUGAAGUUCAUGCCAAAACGAAACUUCAAAUGGAAAUUGAUUGCAAAGCAACCGAAAUCGAGCAUUUGCAAAUGAAAUUGAACGAAACAGCAUCGUUAUCAUCAGCUGAUAAUGACAAUGAAGACAAUCAAGAGUCGGUGUUUGAGGGCUGGCUUAGUGUUCCCAACAAACAAAACAUCCGUCGACAUGGAUGGAAACGACAAUAUGUUGUUGUUUCAUCGCGUAAAAUUAUCUUUUACAAUUCAGACGUAGACAAGCAAAAUACUUGUGAUCCAUUGCUUAUAUUGGAUUUAAGCAAAGUGUUUCAUGUUCGACCCGUAACACAAGGAGAUGUUAUCAGAGCUGAUGCCAAAGAAAUUCCUAGAAUUUUCCAAUUAUUGUAUGCUGGAGAAGGCGAAGCCCGACGGCCAGACGAUCCAAAUCAAACGGAACUGGGCACAUUAAAGAACGUUGUCGAUGAACGAAUCGGGAUUACAACAUUCAAGGGCCAUGAAUUUGUUCAAAUUACAUAUCAUAUGCCAACCGCAUGUGAAGUAUGCCCGCGGCCAUUGUGGCAUGUUUUCAAACCACCAGCGGCAUAUGAAUGCAAAAGAUGUCGAAACAAAAUCCAUAAGGAGCACGUUGACAAUAAUGACUUGAUGGCACCGUGUAAAUUACACCAUGAUCCACAUUCAGCGCGUGAAAUGUUGUUGCUGGCCACAUCAAAUGAAGACCAAAAAUCAUGGGUCAAUCGCUUAUCGAAGCGCAUUCAAAAAUCCGGCUACAAAGCAAAUUCAUUGAAUAACAAUAAUACUGACGGCAAUAAGAUUUCAUCGAGUUUUCACAUUUAUAAAUGAAUUUAUUCGCUCGAUUGACUGGAACGAUAUGGAGGCAGAUCAGAUCAGUUAUCACGACGGAAAAAAAAUAUGUUAUUUUAUUUACAAUCGUUUAAUAAUUUUUGUUUUAUCAGAGUCAACGAAACUUUUGACUGUGGCGCAUAUUAUUUUUUCUGAUAUAGCAAUGGCCAAUGGUUCUCGGUUAUUUGAUAUAACCAAUAAAGAAUGAGUUUUGAUCAAUACCCAUUGCAUCCUGGUGAUCAAUUCAAUAAUGUUCAGACCCAUUCAAUUAGGCCUCGGUCUCGAUUUACACUCAAAGAGAUUCCUUACACUAAAUGAUUUCCAUGCGUCAAGUUAGAGAUAACUUCAGUUAAUCUCCAGCCAAUUUCGAAAGAAAAAAAUCAUUUAUACAUAUUGAUUUAUACGAUUCGUAUGAAUAGAGCAGCUAAUGACCGAAGUAGCGAAAGAAAAGAAGAAUUUAGAAAUGUGAAAAUAAAAAAAUUAAAAGUAGUUAACAAAAAAAAUGAUACAGGAAAAAAAGCACACACAAUGUAGAAAAAAAGAGUUACUUGUCAUGUAAAUAGCGGAAUAAAUAAGUGGAUUUAUUUAAA